CCUGGCAGUGUUCAAGGCCAGGUUGGACACAGGGGCUUGGAGCAAGCUGCUCUAGGGAAAGGUGUCCAUGGCACGGGUUGGAACUGCAUGAGCUUUAGGAUCCCUUCCAACCCAAACCAUUCCAUGAUUCUAGUCAUAUAUGCUUUGGAGUCUGGCUUUCCAAGAACAUGGUUCCAACAAUGCUGUAAAUGAGGAAGCACAGGCUGCCCUGCCAGGGCUGCAGAAGGCAGUGAGGGUGGCAGUGGUCUCUCACCACCCUGGGCUCAGCCAGUAUCCACAGCUCUAAGAGGAGUCUCAGGAACGUCAAGAAAGCCACUACAGAGUCAUGGUGAGGGUGUGUGGGGCUUGUCAUGAGUCACACUUGUCACAAAAGCAAGAGUUUAAUUCUUCUUAGCACUAAGUAUUGGCUCUAUGGAAAUCAGUGGCGUUCCCCAGCUGCCCACACUGCUUUGAAACAGCCUGGUGUGGGGCUGGGAGACUGCUGGCAGGGAGUUGCAGACCAGCUCCUGGAGGUGCCAUGCACUGGUGGGAUAGGUGGCUGGAGGUUAGAGAGGUUCUCCUUCCUCCUGGAAGCAAUAUGUCUUGGAAGUCUGUGCUCUGUGCUCAUGUGCAUACUUAGAAGAGCCAUUCCAGCAAAGGAUGGCUCAGUUGCCAGGGCUGUGGACAUCUCUAGACCCUGUAAAAUGUCUUUUUCUCUUCACUACAGCUUUGCUGACAUGUUAUGGUUUUUGUAUAUAUAUUAUAUAUCUAUAUAUAGGUGGCAGUCCUGAUCCAAGGACAAGGAGGAGCUGGAAACAGUGUCAGGAAGCACCAGCUUUCUGGAGGCUGGCUUUUUGUUAUGAUUUCCAGUGACUUAGAGAAGGAACAGCUUGUGGCCCUGAUGCACCUCUUCUGGCCUUCAGCUCUGUGUGUCCCCUGGAGAUUAAGCACCUGAUGCUGUUGCUGCUUCUCUUGAUGCUUUCCCACAUAAGUUCCCAGUUAACUGUGCUCUUAAGAAGAGACCAGGACUCUUUUGAGCAGCUCAGCUUUAGAGUUUAGAGCCAGUUGAGGAGUGAAGUGCCCUGUUGGCCAAACCUCAUCCAUCCUGAAGAAAGCCAACGGGUCAUUGUUGCUGUACUCAUGAGGAUGCUGCUGUGAGUAUGCAUCCUAACUGGAAGGGUCCCGUGGAAUUAGGGGUCUAGACCUCAUAAAAGCCAGCUUCACUUCAAAGAAUCAUGGAGCUUAUAAAUCGCAAAGCUUCCUCAGGGAAUGUGCCCCCUGUUUGGUCCUGCCUGGCUUCAGCUGCUGAGAGGAUGGAGCCCUUCGUUCCACUUGGAUAUGCUACAAGUUGAGGGUGCUUUUGCAAACAAGAGUGAAGCUGAGGGAUGAUGUGAGUGGGAAGUGGAUGGGGAAAGCUCUUUCCUGUGAGUUGAAAUCUGGGGUUGUCUGAUGUGUGAAUUGGCCUUGUAGGGGAAGGACACCAGUUUGUAGAGCUCCAAGCACAGCAGUGCUGUCCCUUAACUGUGAUCCCUGAAUGUAGCUGCAACGUGGCCUUCAGACAACUGUGGAAGGGGCGCUCGGACCCUGUGCUACACAUCGAGCUCAGGCGCUGGGCUGACCUGAUGCUGGUGGCACCUCUGGAUGCAAACACACUGGCAAAGCUUGCCAAUGGCAUCUGUGACAACCUGCUGACCUGUGUGAUCCGUGCCUGGGAUCUCAGCAAACCUCUGCUCUUCUGCCCAGCAAUGAACACAGCCAUGUGGGAGCAUCCCAUCACAGCACAGCACGUGGAGCAGCUGAAAGGCUUUGGCUACACAGAGAUCCCCUGCGUGGUGAAGAAACUAGUGUGUGGAGAUGAAGGUCGCGGUGCCAUGGCAGAGGUGUGGACCAUUGUGGAGAGUGUGAAGAGGAUCCUGGAAGAACAGGGCUUGCCAGCACAGAGCUGAUGUUUGGCACAUUCAUUGUGUUUGGUGCCUCCCUGAUGAUUUGAAGAUAAAACCAAGUGCUCUGCAACCGAAGGAGUGAAACAUUUGCUUCCAGCUGGUGCCAACCUCAAAUGUGGUUCAGUGCUGCAGACUCUCAGAAACUGAAGCCAAGGACAUGCUGCUUUAGUGUGGGAAAGCCCUGUGGUAUCUCACAGAGAUGGAACAGCGUCCUGCCUGGCCACUCACCUGGUCUCUCACGUCUCCUUCCCGCGAAGGCUGCAGAAGGAACUGCUGAUGUAUUUCAGUGGUUCCCCCAAGAGCUGCUGGAGAGGGAAGUACAGUGCAAGCCCUGGCCAUGGUGAUAGUGCUGGCCCCUGCAUGGAUGGGGACAUCACUGCUCUCCAGGGCCUGGGCUGUAGCUGUGCUGGCUUCACCUUUCCAGCAGGAGUCACUGUCCAAAAGGCAUUUCGUAGGCUCGUAGAAUCACAGAACGGUUCGGGUUGGAAAGGACCUUAAAAUCAUCUCGCUCCAACCCCUUUUGGGACUUAAUAAAUGAGAACUUUUCAUUCUG